CAGGAAAUGUGCGCGUUGGAGGGAGGCCGGGGCUUCGCAGCAUCCUGAGCGCGGGCGAGCCAGCUGACAUGACCGUGCCCUGUGCUACGUUGGUCUUGGCCCUGGGAUUCGCGUUUGGUCAAUCCAGCCAGGGAAAUGAUGAGGAUUCAGAAUACUCAGGACAGAGCACCACUGAAGAGGAAAACGCAGAGGAUGAGACGACUGCAAGUGCUCUGGCUACGGUGACCACAGAAGCAUUAGCUGAAAAUGUGAAUUCUACCUACGCCGACGGCACCUCAAACCAGAUGGAAUUUAUAUUAAUGGUGGCGAUCCCACUCGCUGCGCUGCUCAUCCUUCUAUUUGUGGUUCUCAUUGUGACUUACUCUAAAAGCAAGAGACCUAAGCAAGAGCCUUCUAGCCAAGGAUCUCAAAGUGCCUUGCAGACACAUGAACUAGGAGGUGAAACCCUGAAAGUCCCUAUUUUUGAAGAGGACACGCCCUCUGUUAUGGAAAUAGAGAUGGAAGAGCUUGAUAAAUGGAUGAACAGCAUGAACAGAAACGCCGACUAUGAGUGUUUACCUACUUUGAAGGAAGAAAAGGAACCAAACCUCAGCCCAAGUGACAAUGAAUCCUAAGUCCAAGAGGCGUUGAUGUUUUCCAAGACCGUACUUCCCGAGGGCACCUGCCAGCCUGCCAGGGGAAGAUGAAGAAGAGACAAGUUUAAUUAAUUUCAAAUCAGUGUAGACACAAGAACCUUUUAGUGUUUCUUCCACUGUCCCCUCUUCGGACGAUGGCAUCCCCUGGACUUGGAAGAAUGAGGGACUGAAGUCUUAGACAGGCCUGGCUGCCCGCCAGCCCACUCAUGGACAGGGAGCCCCAUGUGGUGCUGGCUUCAGAACAGUGGGUGUCCCUCCCCACUGCCUCCACCUCAGUCCUUCUGGUCACCCUAAGAUCACAGCACUGGUCUGUUUCACUCCCAGGGUUUGAAUCAGGAAGCUGGUCUUCUUCUGGGUCACCUUACUGCCUAACAGGUUUGGAUAAUAUCCUCUCACUGUUCAUGGCCUCUCAGGUCAACUCUAGUCGUCUGGAACUUUCCUCAAGGACAGAUGUGUUAUGGAAAACAUGACAGACAAAGCGGGUGUUUCAGUCGUCAAGCUUGCUCCUUACCUGCUAAGAAAACACAAGAAAGUCCACCGUCCUUGAGGGAGAUCCUCUUCUCAGUCCACCUUUGAAAACUUCGCAGAAGAAAUAGCCAUCUUUAAAGAGAGAAGCGACUUUUUCCUUCUCGGCUAAAAUCACCUCUGCUUGCAACAUCUCAAAACUGCUGAUCUUGUUUCAAGUCACAGGCCCGGCCUGUGCCGUGUGGGCUUGGAAUGCCCGCAGACUGGGGUCAUCUGUCGCCCUUCUGUAUCUUGGAGAUCUUCAAGGCUGAGCAAGAAAGAUCUGUACCGCGGCAGCUCUGGCUCACUGUGCUGUGUGGUCCCUCUGCGCUCUACAUGCGGCCUUUCCUGAAGGCUGGGAAGAAUCUCCAAUCCUCAGCACUCCGGGAGGUGGCUAUCAGGCCAUCAGAAGUGACGUUCUACCUAAAAUUAGUUGACAUCCAUGUACUAAAAACAAUGGAGUAAAAAAAUGCAGAAAACCCCACUCACCUCUCCUCCCCAAUAAAGCCAGUCCAUUUAAUCCUUCGUCUUCUAAUUCUGA